AUGAAUAGACCUGCUGCGCCGAAUUGGAACAAGCCCUUGGCGGCGUUGAUGGAUACAAUUCUAAAUGGCAGUAUUAAAUUCAAACAUGCAGCAGAGCUUGACGGAGCACUUGAGGUCGGGGAAAAUGGACGCUACCGGCGCCCAAAGUGGCCAAAAAGAUUAGAAAUGAGCGCGAAGCAAAACUUUGAAGAAAAUCAAUUUUAUUGUUGUGUUUAUGAAGGAAAUUAG